AUGUCCCAGGCCAGGCUUGGAAAUGCCAAUCAAAAUGGACUCCUCGACCCAUAUUUGCUGUGGCUGGCCCAGAAACGGCGAAAAUGUGGCCAGGGUGGAGAUAUCAACUGUGCGUGCUUCUUUGCCUUGCAGACGAAAACUGGCGGACGUGCAUUGGCCGAUAAUUGGUCAUUGUGGCUAUGGUUUGGCGAUGAGACCAACCUCCAACCUCUUUCAAGGAUGAGGCUCGAGUGGCUGCAAAAGGAUCUUGAAAAGCCAUCAUCUAUGGCAUGUUAA